AUGUAUUUCUUCUCGCUGUGUCUCUCCUCAAAGUGUCUUCAUCGUCUUCUUCGCUCUGUCGACCUGUCCGCUUCUCCGGCACUGUCCUUUCCGAUUUUCUCUCUUCUUCUUGCCGACAGUCGCGUUCCACGUUCGACGCCGAUGCCGCAAGGCUUCCAAACAAGUUCUACCGUCUCUUCUUCUAGCCCUGCGACCGCCAUGGAUGCAUCCAAGAAGUCUGAAAAGGACGGCGCCCCUGCUGCGCCGGGUGUCUCUGACAUUGAAUUGAUCAGCAACCGCUUGGAAGCCGUGACGAUUGACAACAAGAGCGAGGAGGAGAACGAGAUUCUCAGCAGUCUGUCUCCGGAGCAGCGAAGAGCUGUAGAGGAUCUGCAGGCUCUUCAGGCGAAGCACGACGAACUCGAGAGGGCGUACGACCGCGAGUUAGUUGCCCUGAAAAUGAAAUACGAGAAACUGUAUGCGCCUCUCUAUGCUCAGCGGAAGGAGAGACUACUGCAGAAAGACUCGGCCAAUCCGUCUGCUCAAGCUGGAACACCGGCAGUGCCGGCGUUCUGGAUGAACUGUCUGAAGCAGAACUCGACGUUGGCGGAACUGGUGGAGGAGCACGACGCGCCGAUUUUGGAGCAUUUGGAGAACAUUUCCUGCGAGUACUUCACCCCCGAGGAACAGACUGAGUUGGAGCGAGCGGCGGGGCAGGCGGCGUCUGAGGAGCCUGCGGGAACGCCUGAGAGCUUCCGACUGGUCUUUGACUUCUCGCCGAACGAGUUCUUCACACCGAAUCGACUGGUGAAGGAGUAUCACCUCACAGUUUCUUCGGGGAGACAUGGCGCAGAGCUGACGAGCACGAAGAGUACGCCGAUUGCAUGGAAAGAAGGCAAAGAUGUGACGAAGAAAGUCGUCACCCGGAAACAGAGAAACAGAAAGACUCGACAGACUCGGACUGUCGAGGAGGUCGUCGACAACGAGAGCUUCUUCAACUUCUUCACCGACCACGAAAUCCCCAGUGAAGAAAAAAUCGAAACCAUGUCCGACAAACAGAUCGGAGAGUUGCAGAUGAUCGUCGAGGCGGACUACGACAUUGGUGUGACUAUCCGGGACAAGAUCAUUCCUCAAGCCGUUGAGUGGUUCCUUGGAGAGGCUGAUGACGAUGAGCCUUUCGACGACGACUUCGAUGAUGAAGAUGAUGAUGAUGAUGACGACAUGUUGUCUGACGACGACGAAGACUCCGAUGAGGACGAGGCGCCGCGCCGAGGCGCCGGCGGACGUGGGCAGCCUCGUGGAAAAGGGCGUCACUUCGGCUGAGAGCCCCGAGUGCAAGCAGCAGUGAAGAUCUGAGGAGUUCCAAGGACGUCUUUCUUUUCCUUCUUCUUUUCCAGUCCCGCGCCCGUCGUCCUUUGGCGAGGCGGUUCCUCACGGUCGCUCGCGCGUUCGUCAGAGACCGUCUGCGCCUUCUUCGUCGUCUGCGCAGUCGGCAGACAGAAAGAAACUUGGAAAGAAGGCCGAACGGGAGCGACUUUGUGCAAAGAAGCGACAGAGUGAGAAACACGCGAGCGAGCGAGAAGUGAGAACCCAACAAAGCGUCAAAUCGGAAUGGUGGCAGGUGUGUACACAGAGAACGACCGUGCGUCUGUUCGGUUGUACAAAGGUUUGCGUCGUCUCCCAGUCCUUUUCGCGAAAUCGACUUGUCCACGCGUGGUGUAUGUACACCCUAAAACGUAAAGACUGAACGAAAACUCGGAUUCCCCCGUUUGGUGGAAACUCCCAAAAGCCGCGCUUCGUUCUUCCAUGUUUGAGCGAGAUUGCGCAAAUGACUCCAAUGGAGUAGUCGUGUACAACAGUCCAA